UCAGCUUCAUCAGAAUUCUGAAAAUUUCCCUCAUUGGCAAGCAAGCCAAAGUGGAAAUUUUGUUUUAAUCUUGAGUUAAACAUUAAUAAAUGAAAUAAGAAGCAAGAACUAGCUAGGGAGUAGGGAGUAAGCACUAAUAAUUUAAUCCACGAAGUUCCAAAAAUUCUGAAGCGCCGACGGUUUCUCUGAGUCAGCAUGUGUGGGAGAUCCAUAAUUUCCAAGUGGUUAAGUACUUAGUAAUCCGUUAACCCAACCGAGCUAACCCUGGUUAACCAGCUCUAUAAAUAACCUUAUCCAUCUAGCUAGUGCCCCACCUCAAAGCAAACAGCGAACGAUCAACAAUCACAAUAUGGCUUCAACAUCUUCUAUUUUCGCUUCUUUCAGCUCCCCCUCUGCUCUUUUCAUGGGCCCCAAAGUUUCCAUCAAGGAACUCAGUUCCAUUCCGACACGUGUCCAGUUCCGGCCACUCCGUAUCUCCGCCACUUGUACAUCAACGGCUGAGAGAACAAUUUCCCACAUUGCUUCGCCAUCAUCAUUGUACGAGGUAUUGGGGAUCCAGAUGGACGCCACGUGUCAGGAGAUCAAGGCUGCUUACCGGAGACUGGCGCGAGUUCUACACCCCGACGUAUCUGCUAACGGUCAAAAUAACGCCACGGCACACGAGUUCAUCAAAGUUCACGAAGCUUACUCUACCCUGUCUGAUCCUGAGAAACGCGCCGAUUAUGAUCGAACGUUGUUGUUCAGGCCAAGGCCGUCGUCUGCCGUGUCAACGUCUUCUGGAUUUUCUGGUUAUACGAGACGAUCCUGGGAAACGGAUCAAUGUUGGUGAAACUUCGGACUGAUUAUGAGUGAAAGUUUUGUCCCUAAUUUUCAUUGUACGUGUUGGGCCUUUCGGCUUUUGGGAAAUAACUGAUUGCUGCUAAUUCUGUCUGUAAAUAUAAAGACACUAUUUGAACUAAAACAGGCUGCUUUUUUAUAGCCUGAGUUUAUUAAGGUUGGAAUUUUGUGUUGUGUUUUUAGUGUUCUGUUUCUUUCAGUUUCAUUUUGAAUAUACAAUGCCUGAAAAUUUGGAUU